GAUGGGAACAGCGAUUUCCAUCCAUACACCGGUGGUGGGGGUCAGAAUAUCUCGAUCCAUUUCGUCGUUUUGCAUCUACUCCGGCUACCUCCGAUCUGCCUCCGAUCGAUUUAGGCAUUCCACCUCAAUAAUCAUCGAAACUGGAAAACGAGAAUGCGUAUUCUGAAACAUUAUUGUCAGAAGAAUGCUUGGAGCUUAUAUGAAUGUACCCUAUCAUCUGCUGGCAUGGAGGUGAAAAUGUCGGCUAUAUAAUUCCGCAAUCUGGAAUUUUGCAUCAGGUUGCGUAGCCAGAAAUACAGUGCCAAAGAACGACUCAUUGAAGCCAAGACAAGAAUCAAUGGAUUGCUCAGACGACGAAGCAUCUUCCGUCAAUAGCCAAGGGGAGGGCAUGGAAUGCCCGAUAUGCUGGGAAUCCUUCAAUCUUGUCGAAAACAUCCCUUAUGUGCUGUGGUGUGGCCAUACAUUGUGCAAAAAUUGCAUCCUCGGACUCCAAUGUGCAGUUGUGAGAUUCCCAACCAUACCUCUUCAGCUCCCGCUCUUCAUAUCCUGCCCAUGGUGCAAUCUCAUAUCGCCACGCUUUGUUUACAAGGGCAGCCUGAAAUUCCCUCGGAAGAACUUCUUCCUUCUGUGGAUGCUCGAGAGCAUCAAUGGCGACAGAGGAAAAUCUCACCCCACCGAUGACUGCGCAGAUUGGCCGGCUGGUACUAAAACAGUGGGCACUUAUUAUCCCGGGGUUAACCAGCGACGGGGGCAGCACAACGAUCCUCACACAGAACCGUCAGAAUCGACUCAUCAUCAUCAUCACAGGAGAGAAUUCAACGGCUAUAAUCCAAUCGAGAGACUGCAAUCUUCCCUGAAGAAAUCGCUCGUUUUCUUCGUUCAUCUGACUGCCAAGUUCCCCCUGAUCAUGAUAUUCCUCCUCAUCAUACUUUACGCAAUUCCGGCCAGCGCGGCCAUUUUGGCCCUGUACAUUAUCAUCACGCUCGUCUUUGCUCUGCCCGCGUUCCUCAUCCUUUACUUUGCGUAUCCGAGCUUGGAUUGGCUGGUGAGGGAGAUUAUUACAUGACAGGUUGUCUGCCUCCCUUCUUAUUGGUCUUCUGGAGACAUUUUCGAGCUUCUCUGCCGCCGCCGUUGCCGGCAGUGGGCUCUGCUUUUUCCGGGUAUGACUCCGCUUUCAUUCUGCAUGUAGCUUCUUGAUUUUAGUGGUUAUUUGUUGUUAUAUUUGUACAGCUAUUAUUCAUAUGACAAAUGGUGCAGUGUUUGUGUGUAUAGUAGUAAUAUUUUUGCCAGGAAUACAUUGUCAUACAUUGUACGGUUCUUAAGACAACAAGAAGAAAAGAAGUUAUGUUUUGCCUUGCAAAAUUUGACGUUUUUUUUUUUUGUAUA